AUGGUCCAUAUAGCUCUCGCAGGUGCCAGCGGCUCUCUUGGCCAACUCCUUCUCACCCAUCUCAGUUCCCAUCCAUCCGCCCAUAGAAUCACCGUCCUCUCCCGCUCCCCCACCCCUCCAAAACCCAUAACCCCAAACACCACAGUCCGCACCGUGGACUACACUUCCCUCUCCUCCCUCACCAAAGCCCUCGCUGGUAUCGAUAUCGUCCUAUCCACCCUCUCGUCCCUCUCCUCCGGCCCGGCCCAGAUGCUGCUGAUCCAAGCUGCAGCCGCCGCCGGGGUCAAGCGCUUCGCACCCUCCGAGUGGGGCAUUCACCCGGACCUCAACUACGACAUCACACUCUACACCGACAUUAAGACACCCUCCUGGGAGGCUGUCAAGACCUCGGGGAUGGAGUACACGGCGUUCGAGAACGGGGUGUUUCUGAACUAUAUGGCGUAUGGGAGCCCUAAGGCGGGAGCGAAAGAAAAGGCGUUCAAGGGGCUCCAAUACACACCGUGGCUAUUUGAUCCGACGUUGGACACGAUCGAGGUACCGGGGACGGGGGAAGAGCAGUUCGUGGUGACGGAGGUGGAGGACAUUACGAGAGUUGUGGCGGACGUUGUCGGGAGGGAUGAGGUGUGGCGGCAAGAGGUGAGUACGAUGGUGGGCGCGGUGACCUGUUUUAACGAGUUGAUUCGAGAGAUGGAGAGAAUUACAGGGAAAAAGUACGAGGUCGUGUAUCAAGACAUCGCCCUCCUGGAGAAGAAGAUCGCUGAGGAAACCACUCAGAUGGGGAGGUUUUACUGGGAGUAUCGUCUCUGUCUGGCGCGGGGGAAGUGCAAUGUGCAGCCGUCGUUGAAUAAUCUCACGGACCUCAGCUUGACGGGCGUCACCGAGUUCCUGGAAAGGUGGUGGGGAAAGAGGGGUGAUGAGUAA